GAGCGAGAGAGAGAGCGAGAGAGAGAGCGAGAGAGAGAGCGAGAGAGAGAGCGCAGAGAGCGGGAGCGAGAGAGAGAGCGCGCGCGCGAUGAGCGGGAGCGAGAGAGAGAGCGCGCGCGCAAUAAAGGAUCCGGCAACCACAACCAACAGAACCAAUGGAAGGAAACUAGUCACCAGGGAACAUGA